CGCACUCUAAGUCUCUUAACAAUAAUACAAUAAUGGUUAAACCAGAAAAACCAUCUGCUCAUGACAGGAGUAGUGACGCCAAGUAUAAAGGUGUGAGAAAAAGGAAAUGGGGGAAAUGGGUGUCCGAAAUCAGGCUACCAAACAGCCGUGAAAGGAUCUGGUUAGGCUCCUACGACACACCGGAAAAAGCCGCAAGAGCCUUCGACGCCGCCCUCUACUGUCUCCGUGGCAGCACCGCCAGGUUCAACUUUCCCGACCAAAUCCCUGACAUUCCCGGAGGUACAUCGUUGCCUCCUUCGGAGAUCCAAGCUGCAGCUUCUCGCUUUGCAAACUCCAUCUCCAACUCCAACUGCACCACCACCGAAGAUAAUAACUCCUCCUCUUCCAGUUCUUCCGAGGAUUCCCCUUCGCCUUCCAUCUCCGACGGAGCUUUUCAGACGGAUCAUGGUGAGGGUUCGACUUCCCAAUCCCCGCAGCUCCACCUAACAUCUCCGUUUCUAAAUGACUUCAGCUACAUGAAUCUUGAUCAUAAUGAUAUUGGUAACAGUACCAACUAUAACAAUACUGGUGUGCCAGAUUUUGGGAUAUAUCCGGGAUUUGAUGAUUAUUUCAUGACAACGACGCCACCUCCGAGUGAUUAUGUAUACGGAGAAGAUAACAGUGAUGGGAUAUACUUGCAAGGGUCAUCAUUCCUCUGGAACUUUUAAACGUACAAUAUGUUGUAGCUAGAUAUACAUAUACGUUACUAUACUGCAUGAUAUGAUCGAUCAGAAUUCUGGAAAAGUUUUAGUUGCCGGAGUUCCUGCGCUAAUAACGUAACCCAAUUAUGGGGAGGGAGAUGGACCACCUUUUUAUUAAUGGGACCAAUCUCAUGUUUUCGCAUUUAUUCACAAUAGUAAUAUGUGGAUAACUUUUGUGUAUAGUGAGAUAGAAUACAAAAUAAUAUAUAUCUUCUGGAGAUACGCUGUCCAUUAUAUAGUUGUCAUUCUCAUUGUUUCCUUUCCAAUUAUUAUAGCCAACUUACCAGCUCUCUUUUA